CGGCGGUGGUGGCGGUAGCGGCACCCUGCAGCCUCGGUGGGGAGACGGCGGCUGGGCUGGGGUUGUGAUCCCAAAGAUUUUUCCCACUCGGAUGUUCCCACCCCACAUCUUUCUUAGACACGUUCUUGCCUUGGGCUCCUUUGCGGGGGCGUCCACGAGUGGUCCGACAGACAACAUCACGGCAUGAGAUGAAGCUGUGACAGGAUUGAAAACACAAUGGCAGGAAACAGCCUUGUUCUACCCAUCGUUCUUUGGGGUCGCAAAGCCCCAACUCAUUGCAUCUCAGCAGUACUUUUAACAGAUGACGGGGCCACAAUCGUGACAGGAUGCCAUGAUGGACAGAUAUGUCUCUGGGAUCUUUCAGUAGAAUUGGAAGUUACUCCUCGAGCACUGUUAUUUGGUCAUACAGCUUCAAUCACCUGUUUGUCUAAAGCUUGUGCUUCUAGUGACAAACAAUAUAUUGUCAGUGCUUCUGAAAGUGGAGAAAUGUGCCUCUGGGAUGUGAGUGAUGGCAGAUGUAUUGAAUUUACAAAAUUAGCCUGCACACAUACUGGCAUACAGUUCUACCAGUUCUCUGUUGGGAAUCAGAGAGAAGGAAGGCUUUUAUGCCAUGGUCAUUAUCCCGAAAUCCUGGUUGUGGAUGCCACCAGCCUUGAGGUGUUAUACUCCUUAGUAUCCAAGAUAUCCCCAGACUGGAUUAGCUCCAUGAGUAUUAUUCGAUCCCACCGGACACAAGAGGACACUGUGGUAGCACUGUCAGUGACCGGCAUCCUGAAGGUGUGGAUUGUUACCUCUGAAAUCAGUGGCAUGCAGGAUACUGAGCCAAUAUUUGAGGAGGAAUCCAAACCAAUUUAUUGUCAGAAUUGCCAAAGCAUCUCUUUUUGUGCAUUCACACAAAGGUCACUUUUGGUUGUGUGUUCCAGGUAUUGGAGGGUAUUUGAUGCUGGAGAUUAUUCCCUGUUGUGUUCAGGUCCUAGUGAAAAUGGACAGACAUGGACUGGAGGUGACUUUGUAUCAGCAGAUAAAGUAAUCAUUUGGACCGAAAAUGGGCAAAGUUACAUUUACAAACUACCUGCCAGUUCCCUUCCAGCUAGUGAUUCAUUUCGCAGUGAUGUGGGGAAAGCGGUGGAAAAUUUAAUUCCUCCUGUACAAGAUAGCCUCUUGGAUCGAACAGAUAAAGAGUUGCUAAUUUGUCCUCCUGUUACUCGGUUCUUCUAUGGAUGCAGGGAAUACUUCCAUAAACUAUUAAUUCAGGGAGAUUCUUCUGGAAGAUUGAAUAUUUGGAACGUUUCAGACACACCUGAUAAACAGGAAGGUGAAGGAGGGUUGGAAGUGACAACGUCUGUUAGUUUGCAAGAGGCAUUUGAUAAGCUGAAUCCUUGUCCUGCUGGAAUUAUAGAUCAGCUGAGUGUGAUUCCCAGUAAUAACGAACCUCUUAAAGUGACCGCAAGUGUGUACAUACCCGCACAUGGACGACUUGUGUGUGGCCGUGAGGACGGAAGCAUCAUUAUUGUCCCUGCCACACAGACGGCCAUAGUGCAGCUGCUGCAAGGGGAACACAUGCUUCGAAGAGGUUGGCCACCUCACAGAACACUCCGUGGUCAUCGGAACAAAGUCACAUGUUUGCUAUAUCCUCAUCAGGUCUCAGCUCGUUAUGAUCAAAGAUAUCUGAUCUCUGGAGGUGUGGAUUUUUCGGUCAUAAUUUGGGACAUAUUUUCUGGAGAAAUGAAACAUAUCUUUUGUGUGCAUGGUGGCGAGAUUACUCAACUUCUAGUUCCACCUGAAAACUGUAGUGCAAGAGUGCAGCACUGCGUCUGCUCUGUAGCCAGUGACCACUCAGUAGGACUUCUAAGUUUGCGAGAGAAAAAAUGCAUUAUGCUGGCAUCUCGUCAUCUUUUCCCUAUUCAAGUGAUCAAGUGGAGGCCUUCUGAUGAUUACCUGGUAGUGGGAUGUUCAGAUGGCUCUGUGUACGUCUGGCAAAUGGAUACUGGUGCCCUGGAUCGCUGUGUGAUGGGCAUCACGGCCGUGGAGAUCCUGAAUGCUUGUGAUGAAGCAGUUCCGGCCGUGGUGGAUUCCCUCAGUCACCCAGCAGUCAACCUGAAACAGGCCAUGACCAGACGUAGUCUUGCUGCUCUGAAAAAUAUGGCCCAUCAUAAGCUACAGACCCUUGCAACUAACCUCUUGGCUUCUGAAGCAUCUGACAAAGGAAAUUUACCUAAGUAUUCUCAUAACUCCCUGAUGGUUCAAGCAAUAAAGACAAACCUGACAGACCCGGACAUACAUGUGCUUUUCUUUGAUGUGGAAGCGUUGAUUAUUCAACUCCUGACUGAAGAAGCCUCUAGGCCGAAUACUGCGCUUAUUUCCCCAGAGAAUUUGCAAAAAGCAUCUGGCAGGUCAGACAAAGGGGGCUCUUUUCUGACUGGAAAGCGAGCAGCAGUUCUUUUCCAACAAGUGAAAGAAACCAUCAAAGAGAACAUAAAGGAACACCUCCUGGAUGAUGAAGAAGAGGAUGAGGAGACCAUGAGGCAGAGACGGGAGGAGAGUGAUCCCGAAUAUCGGGCCAGCAAAUCGAAGCCCUUGACCCUCUUAGAAUACAACUUAACUAUGGACACUGCAAAAUUGUUCAUGUCCUGCCUUCACGCCUGGGGUUUGAAUGAAGUUCUGGAUGAAGUGUGUCUUGAUCGCCUGGGAAUGCUGAAACCCCAUUGCCCAGUCUCGUUUGGUCUCUUAUCGAGAGGCGGUCACAUGUCACUGAUGCUUCCUGGUUAUAACCGGGCGGCUUCCAAACUAUCACAGGGCAAAGCAGAAGUAGGAAGGAAGCUGCCAGCCACCGAGGGAGUUGGAAAGGGCACUUAUGGAGUGUCCCGAGCCGUCACCACACAGCAUCUCCUGUCUGUCAUCUCUUUGGCAAAUACCUUAAUGAGUAUGACCAAUGCCACUUUUAUUGGUGAUCAUAUGAAGAAGGGCCCGACCAGGCCACCCAGACCAAGCACCCCAGACCUUUCUAAGGCACGGGGUUCCCCUCCAACUUCUAGAAAUAUCGUGCCAGGACAGAUUAAACAAGUUCCUGCACCUGUCAUUUCCGCUCGGUCUGAGGCUGAUCACUCUGGCUCUGACCCUGCUCCUACUCCUGCUUUACAUACCUGUUUCUUAGUAAAUGAAGGAUGGAGUCAGUUGGCUGCUAUGCAUUGUGUUAUGCUGCCAGACCUGCUGGGAUUGGACAAAUUUAGGCCUCCACUUCUAGAGAUGCUCGCUCGGAGAUGGCAAGAUCGAUGCUUGGAGGUCAGAGAAGCUGCGCAGGCCCUGCUUCUGGCAGAACUGAGAAGAAUUGAGCAGGCGGGACGGAAGGAAGCCAUCGAUGCCUGGGCCCCUUAUUUACCUCAGUACAUGGACCACGUCAUAUCACCUGGGGUCUCAGCAGAAGCCAUGCAGACAAUCACCGUUGCUCCUGAUACCACUACGGGGCCAGAAGCCAAAGUCCAAGAGGAAGAACAUGACCUUGUAGAUGACGACAUCACAACUGGUUGCUUAUCCAGUGUCCCACAAAUGAAAAAAAUUUCCACAUCAUAUGAGGAAAGACGGAAACAAGCUACUGCUAUUGUUUUACUAGGAGUAAUCGGAGCUGAAUUUGGUGCUGAAAUUGAACCUCCUAAACUGUUGACCAGACCUCGAAGCUCUAGUCAAAUUCCUGAGGGAUUUGGUUUGACUAGUGGUGGAUCCAACUACUCACUGGCCAGACAUACUUGCAAGGCACUGACGUUCCUUCUGCUACAGCCCCCGAGCCCCAAACUUCCUGCACAUAGCACUAUCCGGAGAACAGCCAUUGAUCUGAUUGGACGCGGUUUCACAGUUUGGGAGCCUUACAUGGAUGUGUCUGCCGUCCUCAUGGGGCUUCUCGAACUUUGUGCUGAUGCCGAGAAACAACUUGCCAACAUCACAAUGGGGCUGCCUUUGAGCCCAGCAGCCGACUCCGCCCGCUCCGCCAGGCAUGCCCUGUCACUCAUUGCCACUGCCAGACCACCCGCCUUCAUCACCACUAUAGCCAGAGAGGUACACAGGCAUACUGCUCUUGCAGCAAACACCCAAUCGCAGCAGAAUAUACACACUACAGCUCUUGCACGAGCCAAAGGGGAAAUUCUGAGAGUCAUUGAAAUUCUUAUUGAAAAGAUGCCCACAGAUGUGGUGGAUCUUCUCGUAGAGGUUAUGGACAUCAUUAUGUACUGCCUUGAAGGUUCUUUAGUUAAAAAGAAAGGUCUUCAAGAAUGUUUCCCAGCCAUCUGCAGGUUCUACAUGGUCAGCUAUUACGAGCGGAAUCACAGAAUAGCAGUCGGAGCUCGCCAUGGUUCAGUGGCCCUGUACGACAUCCGGACUGGAAAAUGUCAGACAAUCCAUGGACACAAGGGACCAAUCACUGCAGUGGCCUUCGCUCCUGAUGGACGAUACCUUGCCACCUACUCCAACACCGAUAGCCACAUUUCUUUCUGGCAGAUGAAUACGUCACUGCUGGGGAGCAUCGGCAUGCUGAACUCGGCACCUCAGCUGCGCUGCAUUAAAACCUACCAGGUGCCCCCGGUGCAGCCCGCCUCCCCCGGCUCCCACAAUGCCCUGCGGCUGGCCCGGCUGAUCUGGACUUCCAACCGCAACGUCAUCCUGAUGGCCCACGAUGGGAAGGAGCACCGCUUCAUGGUCUAAUGCUGGCAUCUGCCGCCGUGACUGCAGCUCCGCGCUUCAGCUCUCUAGGCAGAGAUCCCUCCAUCCUUACCUGUGCUGGGUCCUUCCUCAGUGCCUGCCCACUCCCGUGUCCCCCAGGGCGCGGCCAGGUCUGUGUCACUCCUGCAUGGUCCUCGGGCAGAGUCCUGCUCGUGCCACCUACCGAUUCAGAGGUACGCACACAUCGCUCUGCAGGAUGUGGCCCUCCUGUCACUGGGUCGCUUUUCCCUGCAGAGAGGGAGGGGAAGCCGGUGGUCCCUUGGGAACACCCCUGUUGCUGGGUGCACCAGAAGCCCGAAAAUCAAUAAACACUGUGAUUGCACUCCCAGCCCAGAUCAGCAUUUUCCUCAAGUAAACCCCGUCUCCGAAGUACUGCUUGAGCCUGCUCGUUCUGACAUUUGGGUUUUGAGGGAAUGUGCAGUCCUAAUUGUUGAAAUUAUUUUACUUUGGAUUUCCUAAAACAUGCUACUGUUUACCAAAAAGAUUCUGUGUUUACAUGGGUUGUUUGUUUCUUUUUCUGCUGAUUGUUUAGGAAAUCACUCAAUCCAAUUUCCUAGGGUAUCGCUACUAGUUUCGUUACUAACACCCAACCAAUUUGAGACGAAUGAGAAAAUAUACAAAAAGAAUGUUCCUCGUGGAGAAUUACGGUUUCCCAGACUCCUAGCCUUCUAGAAUGCUCCUACCCUGCUUAAGUGACAGUGUGUUUAGUAGUCUAAAAUAAAAAUCACCACUACUAAUGAUCUAGUUAAUAUAAUUAUCCAGUCGCUGUAACUAAUCUCUUAAAUGGGCUUUUGUAAUAAAGAACCAAGUUUGGAAGCAUCACCUAUACCUACAAAGAAGACGCGAUGUCUACUGCUACAGAUCUUUUAAAGAAAGAGCUUACCCCUUUCUUCAGAAACGUUACAGACCUGUAGUUCUCAUGCAUCCGACCUCUGUCAUUUAUCAUGUGAUAGUUACAAUUCAGCCUGCAAACUACUACUGAGUAAAGAAAAACUAAGACAGCGUUUCUUUCAAACAAGUAUCCUAGAAAAUUAGUAAGUAUAGCACAAGCAUUCAGGAGUACAUAUAUAUAAAAAUGUGAGUGCUCCAUCAGUCUGAGCAAACAUUGAAAUGAGAGUGUUCAUGACACAUGGAAGGAAGUCGGCUUUAACUUGGCUGCUUUCUUCGCAUGUCAAAUUCUGCUGAUUCCUGCUCAGAGUAAUGGGGGAAAAUCCAUAAAGUAAUGUUUUGUAUGAAUUGCUCCUAACAAACCUUUAUCUGUAUAUUGUCGGGGACUUGGUUGGUUGGUUGUUGAUUGGUUGGUUAGUUGGAUAAAAAGGUUUAUUAAUGUAAAAGUAGAAAAUGACUUAUGAAAUUCAGAGAAAAUAUGUGACGUUUACAGAGGAACCAAAAUGAUAAUGGGAGCCUUUAAUUUAAAAAACAUAGAUGUCAGAGUUUAUGUAAUAUACAAAAGAGUAGGAUCGUAGUCUGGGAACAAAUAUGUCUGUUAUUUUAUUGAAACAGACUUUUGAAGAACGUGUUAAGAAAUUAAGACCACUAGCACGUCUCUUUCAUGUUGAUAUGAAGUAUGUUAUUUCUGUUGAUGGCAAACCUGCACUAUUUCCUGGUUAUAGACUUUGGGUGUUCUUUCAAAAGUGAAUUUCUGCCACCUGCAUGUACAUUGUAUUUAUAAAGAUUAUAUAUGUAGUUUCCAGGAAGAAACAAAGAACUACACAGUGUAGACUUUAUUUGUUUGCUGAACAUGCCAUUGUGUUCGGUGUAGAUAGAGGAACCUGAGGGAAACAAAAGGUGCACUUGGUUUUUCCAGCGGGCUCCUGAGUCAUCUCAAUAAGCCAGCACGUGUUUCCUUUAUGAACUUAAAUGGGGAUUAAUUUAUUCUAGACUACACAGCUGUUUGGGAAUGAUGAAGUAGAAGUAUACCUUAGGGAUUUUUUAAAACAAAAUGUUCAGUGCAUCUGGAGAAAGGUGUGAGACCGAUAGGCAGGCCACCACACAUGCACUGAGGGAUGGCACGUACCGUGGAGAGUUAGAACAGAGCUGUGAGGGCCAGAGGAGCGAAACGCCUGGGCAACCGGCAUAGACCAGCCUGUUAACACACUGUCUGCACAGACAGCCAGAAUGACUGGCCAGUAGAAUAUUACGAUCCUAAAACUCGGGGGGUAGAUGAUGGUUAGACACUUAGCUCUAACUGUUAAACCAAUAUCUGCAUUCCUGUUAGCACCAAUCUCUGCAGUUGGUUAUUUUGACAACUGCAGUCCAGACUUCAUCACAGCACUGAGGUAAACUUUGUAUUUGUCAUCCAGUGUACGCUUUUAGUGUUUUAUUAAUUUCCUUGGCACUGUAUUUGGAGCUGUCCUUGUAAAUGUAGAGACAUAUGUGGCUUCAUUGAUAACUUCCAAGCAAAAGAUGACAUGAUGUGACACCUGUAUGAAAAUGUAAUGAUUGAACUCACUGUGUACAGCGAGUGAAUUAAAAUGUCUGCCUCUCAAGACAUUUCUUGAUAAUUCCACUUAAUAGAUCCUAUAUGUGCUGAAUGUUGCUCUGUACAUAUGUGUGUUAAAUAAAACUGAAUUGUAC